ACAACCAAUUGUUUUUAAUAUCCCUUUGCCCACAAGCCUUAGAAAAUCUUUCUUUUCUUCAUUCAAAUCCUCAUGUGACAAAAAGCACAUGUUACCACGAAGAAGAAGAAGAAGAAGAAACGCUGCUGCUUUUUUCUUUGGCCGCGUUGAGCUUCCGUAGUACAAUAAUGCGUUUCCAUAGAAACCAUCUUCGGAAGCUAGCUCACACAUUAGCUCCGGCGGGUUCCUCCAUCCUUAUUAUGACAACACAACUCCUGGUGUUGUGUUUGUAGCUGCUGAUCAGGAGGUUCAGAAAGAGACAGCGGGCGUUAGCUCCGUCGUCUCACUUCCUGUUAGCCACCAGCUAGCUCUGAAGAGGAGAAAUCCCCGAAGGCGUUAGCUUCACACAGCCGAUCGAUGCUAAAACCCAGGCUAAGACAAGUAACCCAACUCUGUCGUAUCACAUUGAGCUGCUGUUUUUCUAACAACCCAACAGGACUGUUCGCUUCGGGUUAAACCUUCGACACAAUCCAGCCUCGUCUCUGUGGGCUGUGUUGGUCAGAAGCGUCCUCUGUGAUAACAUCUCUCAUCCCCACCUCCCGUGUCCAGUGGAGGAACCACCAGGAUGUCCUUCAGAGAAUUGAGAAAUUUCACUGAGAUGAUGAGGGCCUUGGGAUACCCCAGGUUGAUAUCCGUGCAGAACUUCAGAACACCAAACUUCACCUUGGUGGCGGAGAUAUUGAUAUGGCUCAUAAAGAGAUACGAGCCUCACAUGGAUAUCCCCACUGACGUGGAUACAGAGUCAGAUAGGGUUUUCUUCAUUAAGGCCGUGGCCCAGUUCAUGGCGACAAAGGCUCACAUCAAACUCAACAUGAAGCACCUCUACCAGGCUGAUGGCUACGCUGUGAAAGAGCUGCUGAAGAUCACCUCGGUGCUGUACAACGCUAUGAAGACUAAGCAGAUGGCCUUUGGAGAAAUAGUUGAGGAGGAUAACAACAAGUUCAAGUUUGACCUCGGCUCACGGAUUUCUGAUCUCAAAUCCGCUCGACAGCUGGCAUCCGAGGUCACCUCUAAAGGAGCAUCUCUCUAUGAUUUACUGGGUAAAGAGGUGGAACUGCGGGAAAUGAGAACUGCGGCCAUUGCCAGACCUCUAGAGGUCAACGAGACCGAGAAGGCCCUGAGAGCUGCAAUCAAGGAGGUUUUGGAAAGUGUGGAGAAGACCAAAGACAUGCUGAGAAAUGUCGGGUCGGAUGUGACCUCUCUGGACGCCAAAAUAGAGAAGAAGAAGCAGGAGCUGGAGAGGAAUCGAAAGAGACUCCAGACGCUUCAGAGUGUCAGACCAGCAUUCAUGGACGAAUAUGAGAAGAUAGAGGAGGAUCUGCAAAAGACGUACGUCAUAUAUGUGGAGAAGUUCAGGAACCUCAGCUUUCUGGAGGCGCAGCUGGAUGAGCACCACAGACUGGAGCAGGAGAGGUUUGAGGAGGCAGAAAACAACAUGAGGAUGAUGCAGCACAAGCUGAGGGAGGAGGAGAAAGAUAUGAUGCGAAGCUCCCUGAAAGAUGAGGAUUCGGACAUGGACGUCCCAGAAGAUGACGGCUCAGACAGUGACAUAGAAGAGAGUCGACCCUCGAAGCCCCGGCCCACACGAAACAGCAUCAUGGCAGGAUCAGGAGCUCGUUUCAUCGGGACCAUGCAGGGUGACAGCGAUGAGCCCUCGGCUGUUUCCAGAAAGCCAGUUUAUUCUGCCAAAAUACAACGGAAACUAAAGACCGAGGACAGCGAGAUUGACGUGGAUGAGGAUGAUGAAGAAGACGAGGAGGGCGAGGAGGAAGAGGAAAGCAAGGAUUUGGAGGACGACAGUUUGGAGGAUCCGGUGUCCAAGGUUGCUCACACCUCCAGGGGGCCAGUGAGACCCCCUCUGUUAGAGGAGAGUGACAAUGACUUCUAAAUUAUUAACACACUCAUGAUUUAGCUUUUUCCAUUCCAGCUGAAAUGACAACAUCUAAUUUCCUCUCAGGAAUAUGCAUUAAAUAUUAUUUUCCAUUGCGUUAAUAUUGCAACAUAAACUUCAUAUUUUUCUAUAUUUGUGAAAACUGGUUUGCUUAUUAAAAUAUCAACAAUUCCGUAGCUCUCAUAUCUCUUAAUUGUAUCAUAUCAUGUUUCAAUAUUGUGAAAUUAAAGUUUAUACUAAAGUUGUGAUUAAA